AUGGGGUGUGGGGACGUGUGCACGUGCACUGAGGAGACUGGGGGCCCUGCCGGGAGAGAGAGGCUUUACCUGGAGGGGGAGGAGCUCUUUCUAGAGAGAGCCCCUGGGGCACAGAGCCUGCCCCAGAGCUGGGAGGGGAGGGGGAAGGAGUUUGUUCAUAUCAGUGGGCUAGGGCGGCUGAGACCGGGACGGGAGAGGGGCGUGGCCCAGGAAUCUGGACUGGGAGCCUGGAGAGAGCCUAAAGGUGGGUCCCACAAGCCAGCUCCUCCCUUCCAGUCAGAGGAGACCCCAGAGAGCCCUGCACUCCCACAGAGGCUGAACAGCAGGAACCUGGAGGAAAUCGUGGGACUCUCUCCAGGACUCUGCAGGGCAGCAUUCCUGGCAUCCAUCCUGCUGCUGCUGCGGGUCAAGGGGGUGAAGCCUCAGAAAGGGAGCCCAGGCCUGGACAAGAGCAGUCAGAAAGAGAAAAUACCCUCUACAGACCAAGAUCGAGAACAGUUUGAAGAGCGCUUUGUGGCCUCCUCGGUGGGCGAGCUGUGGCAGGCAGUGGACAUGAGCCAGCAAGAGGACGACCAGACGUCAGAGGCGGUGGCAAUCCGUGACCACCUGUUUGACCUCGCCUUCUGCUUUAACCUGGCCAGCAUCGUGGUUUUUUUAUGAGGGACAUGGAGGCGGAGGUGGUGGCCUGGUUCCUGGAUGAGGACCUGGACAUCUACCUUCGCUUCAUGAUAGCUUACUGACCAUCUCCCCGUGGGGCUCCGGAGCGCUUCUCCCGAGGGUGACGUACAUGCGGCUCCCUGGCUCUUGCCCACGACCCUCCCCCUCGGGACGCAGCAUCAGAGAGACCCCGUGCUGGCCUUGCAGCGGUCCAUGGCCCCUGCCCACCUUCCUCCCCACGCUCUGAGGGCCAUCUCCAAGAGCCGAGACACCAGACCCCUGCCCUUCUCUCUUCCCCAGCCUCUCCUGGCUUUGUUCAGGACAACAGAUUAGGGGUAGGGAGGCAGCAACAAUAAAAGUAAUAACAAUCAA